UACUCUGAACCGUUCACUCUUUGUCGCCGUUCCACGUCGCCCUCCCUUUGUCGUUAUAUUUGCGAACGACAGAUACCCUGGCGAAGUUCAGAGGAAUCCGGAGUCGUGCUAAGUUCACGGUGUACUUGUUGCACGCCGCGUCCAUACAUAUUUUGCCGGGCAACAACUACAGAGCAGUGAGAAAAUCGGAGUGAGAACUUAGGAAAGAGACUCCGAACGGCACUUGUGUAGGUGAGUUCGUCAGUCAGACUCACCAAGAGUUAACACAGGCCACGAGUCUCUGAUACAUGCCAUUUUGCCACGCGACAUCCUCGAAUACAGAUUUAAGAUGGCGCAUCAUUUUGUUACCGUAUGCGUUGUUUGCGUAUUAUGUGCGGCACACACUCCUUGCUCCGCACAUACAGAUUUUCGUAUACAGGAUGUAGGUGAUAGUAUGCAGGAUUUGCUAAGUUCUACAGCGAGUCUCCACCCAUCGGAGCUUGUAAUUGGUACUAAGGAAAUAAUCAAAGUACAAGAAGCUCGCAGAUCAAAUAUGGCGAAUAUUCGGCCAUCUCGAGAAAUCAAUAGAUUAUCCACAGUGAAGCAGUUUAGCUUUUUAGAGAAAAAUAUUCUAAAAGCCGAGGUCUCUCCGGAGACAAAUAUUCCAUCCAGAGAAAUUCUCGAGAGACUUGGUCGACUCGGUUUCGAAUUACCAAGCAAGGAGUUGCCUAGCAGAUCAAGGAGGAAAAGAAAUGUUGGUGUUGAUGAACAUUACUUCUUGAAAAAGGUCUUUGAAACGUAUGGCGAUGGCAACAUUAUUACCAUGGAAGGCUUUGAGCAUCUUUUGAGAAAACUAGGGCUUCUGAGACUCGUGACAAACUUUAACGAAUUAGAGGAACAUAGUGUGCAAAACAAUCAGACUGGUAGUCCAUCCGGUAACAGCCAAGAUAUAGGAAGUGGGAGCUUGCGUGAUAGUAAUAGUGAUAAUCAAAAACAGAGGUGUCUGAGUAGUAAAGAAUUAUUAAUGACGGUAUCGCAAGAUAUUCCUUACUUAGCAGCUACAAAAAAUAGUACAAUUUUACCGGGGUGGUUAUUUGAGCGCGUCUGUCCUGCACUAGUGUAUCAGCUUACGGGCGAAUCAAGUUCAGUAAGAAAUGGAUGCAUAAGUAUUCCUGAAAACUAUAAGCCCGCCGUUACUCAUGGUUAUGCUCCAGAGGAGAUGUCACGCAACAUGUUUCAAGUCUGGGUAUACUCAACAAUAAGUAUUCUUAUCAUUAGUCUCUGUGGCUUACUGGGUGUUGCAGUUAUACCAGUAAUGGGAAAAAGUUAUUACCAUACCCUAUUACAAUUUCUAGUUGCUCUCGCCAUAGGAACUUUAUGUGGAGAUGCUCUUAUACACUUAUUACCUCAUGCAAUGAUGUCUAGUUCAUCUCAUACGCAUAAUCACGAGGAGACUCCUGCGGAAAUGAUAAUAAAUGGCGAAGCAGAUCAUAAUACGAACAUGUGGAAAGGACUGGUAGCCAUGAUGGGUCUGGUACUAUUCUUCUUUACGGAAAAGGCACUGACCAUGAUCGCCGAGUGGAGAAAGCGAAAACAGCGACUCAACAAGCUACCACCGAGAGUGAGAGUGAUGAGGGAGCCCGAUGGUCCUAGUAAUAAUACAGUUGGUGAAAAGCUUUGCAAACAUAAAUAUUCAUCGUAUCCUUACUGCUAUGGGGAAAUAACUACAGAAACUCAAGAUAAUCAUCACAAUCGUCAGCACAAUCAUCAUCAGCGAACCCCAACGAUAGACGAAGAGAAACCACUAACUUCUAAUUGUAAUUCAGUUUCCAAAAUAAUAGAGAAUACUUUAAAGAAAAAAACUGAAGACGAAUGGAAACUCGAGGAACCCAUGAUGAAUCACUCGAAAAGAAAAGCUGAUGGCGCAGAUGUUCCUUUAAGUGAAACUGAAAGUUACACUGUUAUUAUCAGAGAGCACGAGACGAAACAUCAUGGACAUACUCACUCUCAUGGUCACGUACACUCGGCCCCUGAUUCGAUGUCCAGUGUAGCAUGGAUGGUUGUGAUGGGUGACGGACUUCACAACUUCACUGAUGGGAUGGCGAUUGGAGCAGCGUUUUCGGCAAAUAUAGCUGGCGGAUUUUCCACUGCUAUUGCUGUAUUCUGUCAUGAGCUGCCACAUGAGUUAGGAGACUUUGCGGUAUUACUGAAGGCGGGAAUGAGCGCCAAACAAGCAGUCUUUUAUAACCUACUGUCAUCGAUACUUUGCCUUUUUGGUAUGGUUUUUGGAGUAUUGCUGGGUGCAACACCGGCAGCCACAAGUUGGAUAUUUGCAGCAGCAGCUGGGAUGUUCAUUUAUAUAGCUCUGGUCGAUAUGAUUCCAGAAUUAACUUCGAGUCAUUCAGCCGAGGGUGGUUCUCAGUGGCAAGGUAUUCUACAGGCAUUAGGAUUGUUCACGGGUCUCGGCAUAAUGUUAAUAAUCGCCCUCUACGAACACGAUCUUAAGCACAUAUUUAGCGAAUAAUUAUCAGUGCAGUUAUCAUGCACCGCUGAUUCCUGAACAGGCUAAGGAGCACGUGUGGCUUAUUCAGAAUUACUAAAAGUUUUCUAUAUAAAAUUGUUUUUAUCGACUUUACGAACGUGCAAAUAUGUAAUUUGUCAAUUUAUAAUAUAAUUGGCGUUGAAGAAAGAGCAGAAAAUAUUAUGGAAGAUCGAAGAAACUAUCCCAAAGAAGAAGAAGAAGAAGAAGAAGGUAAAGUCUUCAGGAUAGCAUGAGAAUGAAAAAAGGAAAGAAACAGGCGAAUGGAAAAGAAGGUACUUUCUCAUGAUAACUAAGAAAUUUCAUUGAAUAUUCGCCUUGUGACGAUCUCAUAGGUAUCUCUGUAAACAUUUUCUUUUUUUUUUAUUUGUCUCUUCACUAUUUUUUCUCUCGUAAAGUGCUUCCCUUAGCUGAUAAAGAACUGUUACUUAAAGCUCAUAUUUGAAUUUUUCAUACUUGAGGGUGGGUAUUAAUAAUAAUUAUAAUAAUUAUACCAAUAGUAAAUAGUCUAAUGCUAAUAAAAGGAAAACCAAAUAUUUAAGGAGUCGUUCAAACUUUUCAGUUUCAUUUUUUAGUCGGCCGGACAAUUUUGGUAUUCAGGUACUUCAAAUGUUACUACUUUCACGUUGUAGUUUAUGCGUAUCAACCACCACAUUUGUGUAUACAUAAAAAUCAUCUAUGCUCCCCACAUUAUAUUUAAAAAAUAUAUACUUUCAAAAUGGA